AUGGAAUAUCUAAGCAGAGUACUUCUUCCAAAGAAAAGAAAGAGUGUUGAAGAUGAUGGCUCCACUUCCAUCACAUCCACUAGUUCCACAACCUCCACUUCUACCUCCAUCAACGACAACAACGAUAAUAACAAUAAUAAUAAUACCAAAACAAAGUUUAAGAAUAAGUUUGCCAUAAAGUAUAAUAAUGAGAAAUAUGAUAAUGAUAAGACUUAUUAUAAGUCUGAUGUGGACCAGGAGAAGUUGAGCCCGAAUAAACAAGCAACGUUGUGUGAUUUCCUAAUUAAUCACAAGGAGCCAGAGUUUGAAUUGGAGCAUCCACUUCCAAUUCCUGAAGUUAUCAAUCUUAGAGAUAACUCUGGCGUACUACAUUGGUGUCCUGGAUUCCUCACAUCGCGAAUGGCUGGUGUACUUCAACGCCAUCUCACUCAAGUUCUCAAACUGGAGCAGAGAGAAAUGAAGAUGUACGAUCGAGUGGUACCAUUGCCCCGACUCAUGGCAUGGAUGUCCCAUGAAGAUGCCGUGUCGAUGUACUCUGAAGAGAAAAGCCAGACAGUGUGGACACCACCAAUGCUCAUUCUCAAGAAUGCCCUGGAAACAAUGCUCAAUGUGGAGUUUGAAUACGUCCUCAUCAAUUAUUAUAGAGAUGGAAAGGAUCAUAUCAGUUUCCAUUCAGACAAGGAAGCUAGACACGAGAUGACCCGAGUCAUUGCAUCUCUCUCACUUGGCGCAACCAGACGUUUCAUUCUGAAACAUAUUGAAUCAAAGGAGACCAUGGAGUACUCGCUUCAUGCUGGAGACUUGAUUGUGAUGGCAGGCGAAACACAGAAUCAUUGGAUGCACAUGGUUCCCAAAGAGCCAAGGGUCAUCACUCCUAGGAUCAACCUAACUUUCAGAUGUAAGAUGCCUGAUGCGGCCAAAGAGCUACAGAUCACACCAGCAACUCAAACACCUUCAUCCACUCCUCUCUCAUUGGAAAAUUUCACUGGUCCAACACCACCUACACAACCUCCAAUGUCACCAGAGAGACAAUUAUCACCUUACUUGACUCCAGAAUCACUUCCACCUCCUGUCUCCAAGCCCUCUCCACCAGCUCCACCAAUCAAACCAAACAAUGAACCUCCUUUACUUCAACUGGCGCCUCGCUCACCACCACCAAAGCUACGACCAACUCUUUCAUUACCAACCAUCAAGUUUGGAAACAAGUUGACUCUUCCUGUAUCCAUUGCACCUUCCUUAUCUGCUUCCAAACUGGCAAAAGGAUCAACUUCUGCGCUCUCCCCACCCAACAAACUCUCUGCCCUGCAACAUCCUCCACUUCCUCUUUCUCCUCCUCGAUCUGUGACAACACCAACAAACAAACGACUUUCACUACCAACCUUAAAACCUUCACAUCCAUUGACCAUCCUGUCAUUGGGAACCAAGAAGCCAUUGCUUCAACCUCAGCCGCCAACGAAUCAAGUUCCAGUACGACCACUAUCCAACAGCAAUCAAGUUAAAGAUGAUCUUGAUGGUCUGGACUUUGACUUUGAU